CUUGGUUAAGGCUGUCACUACCAACCCCAUCCUCGACCCCACCAUCUGUCUUUCUUUACAAAUCCUUAUCCAAUUUCUUUAUACUUCGCUUGUUUGUGAAGGGCUAGCUAGCUAUUUUGAGUUGCCUAAAAGGAAACAGUAUCCACUCUACACCACACAUUGGGAACGGUAUGCCUUUAGCGCCCGAAAUUCAACAAUUCAUCCUCGGCUUCAAAGACCGGUGGGACGGGUCAGUGAACACUGCUUGUCAGGACUUUUUUGAAGCCCAGCAUUUAUCCGUUGGCCCUCUGAAUCCAGAUCAUACAAUCAAGUAUGAGAAGAAUGUGAAGUACGGCCCAGAUCCAAGGCAUCGCUUGGAUGUAUUCUGGCCAGCAGAUGCUACCUCAACCAACGCGACUCUGCCUGUUGUCGUCUACUUUCAUGGCGGUGCAUUUAAGCUGGGCGAUAAUUCUAUCACUGCGCACAUGCACGCAAAUAUCGGUCGAUUUUUCGCAUCUCAGGGUAUGAUCGGCGUCUUGGGGACUUACCGGCUACUGCCAGAAGCUCGAUUCCCAGACGGGCAGGACGAUGUCGCCUCUGCUCUCUCGUGGCUGCAUGACAAAGUGCAUCAGUAUGGAGGGAACCGAAAUGCCAUCUUCGCGCUUGGCCAAAGUGCAGGUGGAGGCCACCUCGCCAUGGCGCUUUUCUCGGGAAACCUGAAGUCAGACCAAGGACAGAGCCUGGUGCGCGGCGUCCUGCUUCUCAGCGCGGCGUUAAAGUAUGACCUAACUAAGAAGGGUCGACGCGAGAGCAUGGAGCAGUAUUAUGGAACGACGGACCAUAGUCUUAUUCAAUCCCGAUCGGCGUACGGUAUGUUCCAGGAUUUGCCGUCCGUUGAAGACGCGGAUGUGGCUUCCGUGCCGACACCCGAGCUGUUUUUAAUGCUGGCGGAGUGGGAUUUCGAGGAAUGCGUACAAGGAAACUUGGACUUUGCGAGGCUGUAUGCUGAGCGUCGCCGCCGUCUUCCUCGCUUUGAGGUGUUGCCUGGUCAUAAUCAUGUUAGCUAUGCAUUGUCUAUCGGCUUGCCAGGAGACGAGGUUGGACCGAAGAUUGCAGACUGGGUGAGGCAGUGCUCAGAGGGGGCUUCAUCAUAGACAUCCAUGGGUUCGGUCUGGAUUCGCUUUUACUUCCUCGGUAUUGUAAAUCGCCCAUAGUCAAGAUCUAACUGCAUCAAACCAGUGCAAGCGCUAGGUGGGAAGAUUGAACUUCAAUACUACUAUCUUCUACGAUAGGCAGGGACAUUGUCCGCAAGGAAACCGGGCCUAGUAUAAUUACUUUUUUCUUCACUACUAACUAACGUUACGUAUUGAGAGUGGCCAAUAUACCUGAUGAUUACUCGUUCAGGUGCAGAAAUACUAGCAAUAUGUAUAUCUGGAUGUUAUAUGCCACCGACCCUGCUCGGAUAGUAUAUAUUUACCCAUAGG